AUUUGUGAAAAUCUCGCGAGAAAAAGUGGAAGUGUCGUGAAAGUGUCAGUGUAUUGAUACUGUCUUAAUUUUCCGCUUUCCAUGACUGCUUUCCGGAUUUAUUUUGUUUGCUGCGUAUAAAGAUUAAAAACUGCAAAAGUUAAUGAUCAACCAGACUGUAAGCAGGGACACAAGCUUAAACACCUGCUGAGUCACUCGUGAAAAGAAAAUCAACUGAGAGUUAGACUGCCAUGGCCCACAGGCUGUUUGAGGAGAAACACCAUGCAUCAAUUUACCAAAAAUAUCGCAUAAUUCCACCUGAUAGUGUUAUGGAGCUCAUUCUGAAGUACCUAAACAAAAAGAAAGGACCUCCUCAUGAGCUUGCUGUGGACCUGGGCUGUGGUACGGGACAGAACACCCGUCUUUUGGCCCCUCACUUCCAAAAAGUAGUGGGCAUUGAUGUCAGUGAGUCCCAGGUGGAGGAAGCCAGGGCAGUGCCAGGGUUUGCCAAUGUCACCUACAGGUCAGGUCCAGCAGAGGUGCUGCCAUUUCCUGAUGGUUCUGUGGAUUUACUGACUGCAGCAUCUGCAGCUCACUGGUUUGAUACUGAACCAUUUCUAAAGGAGGCUGCACGUGUGUUGAAGUCUCAUGGGUGUAUUGCUCUUCUGGGUUACACUGAUGACUUUAAUCUGUAUUAUGGAUCCUGUAGUGACAAACUGAACAACAUUUGUGCAGAGGUAAAGAAGGUUAUCAAACCUUAUGCUAGUCCUCGGGUGGUGAUAGCCAACAGUAGACUGCAAGCUUUAUUUGAAGCAAUACCCUUCGCUGACAAAGAAAGGUAUAUGCAAAUGACAAUCUGUGUAAACAAUUUCAUGACAUAGCAUCGAUCCAUGGAUUUAAGUAGUUGUUGAGUCAUUCAUCAGCAUCAUGAAAUAAUUUUGGUGCAAGUCACCUUGUUAAUCAGGUCAGUCUGGCCCUCAGUCAUUUUGGUUUCUGUUUGUUCAGAAUAAAAACCUACUGCAACACCAACCAUUGCGAAUAGGAUAGGAUAACCUUGCUUGAUUUUGUUUCAUGGAAAACUAUUUAAAACUAACUGUUUUAGAAACACAUUAUUAUUAUUAUUAUUUUUAUUAUUAUUAUUUUCUAUUUAUUAAAUAUUAAUUUGAUAUAUUAUUCCUUUGGAGCCAGGUACACAUUUCGCACAUCUGCAUUUAAUUCAUAUUUCUGAACUUGAUGUUGCCCCUUGGCUGCCCCAGCGCUUUCCCAAACCAAAAAGCUAUUGUAAUUUGGUUCAACAUUGUGGGCAUUUUACAUGAUCCCGUUUAAUCAGUGCUAUUAAUUGAAGAAUUUCUUAAUCAGCUGGGAAGGAUUGCUUCUGAGUAUCAUGGCACAGUUGUAGGACUAGGCCGUUGUUAUUACACAGUUUAGGAAUAGAUAUUUACAAACUGUGCAGGAACAAAGAGCUCUGUAUAGGCGUAAUUCCUACAAGUGGUCCAAGUCAUGUUGUGUGAUACUCUGUUAAGGUUCAUUAGUAACACAAUGCAUGCUGUAUUUCCUUAACAAAGACUAUUUAUUUAUUUAUUUAUUUGUAGAUUGUGGCAUUUGUUUUUAUAUUUUUAAAUUAAUUACUCAUUAUUUACAAGUUUGUAGGUAGAGAAUAAGUGUUGGUCUAUUAGUGUCUCAUUCAUACUUGGCAUUGCAUGUUGCCAACAGUAAUGUAUAUUAAAAUCUAUAAUACAUACAAGUCAUAACUAAUGUUUGUGUGAUAACAUUGUUUUAACCUGUAAACUGACUUUUU